AUGGCUUCCAAGCAUCUCGAAGAUGAGGGUGGGAUGAUGGAGUAUUUUCCAACUGAAUUGUUGGAAAAUAUCUUCAUGCAUCUGUCUCCGAUCGAGCUCGCUGUAUGUCAGCAAGUUUGCAAGAGAUUCAAGCGCAUUAUUGAUUGCUACUUCCGAGAUGAGAACUAUUGGAAGCGUAGGCUCUCUAGCGAUUACCCCGACAUUUGCCAUGUUGUUCUGCGUAAAUGCAAGCCGCACAUGCCCUACCACAACAUCUACAAGUCCCUUACGCUGUGGCCCCGCUUCAAUCAGGUCACUGAGGUGCAGAACAGCUUCGCUUGCCCAACAACAGCUCAAGGCGAAGUUAAGGGCUUUAUACUUCUGAAGUAUAACGAGAUGGCCGUUCACACUCACGGCGGCAUAUACUACUGGAACUUACGUUCCCUGCAUCCCAUAACUCGGGGACCGAUGUACGGGAAUUAUUUGAAAUACUACGAAGCUGAAAACAUCAUCGUGAUUUUGGGGAUGUCUCUCAAUUUAUUUGUUCAGUGGCCUAUCUCGCCAGAAUCUGUUGAAUAUAACGAGAUGAGGUUGAGCCGCGUCAGGACCUUCUUGGUCCACAACAGAGCUAUGUACAUCGUCUUUUCUGACGAUGAGAUAUCAUUUUGCCAGCUCUACACGGCAAACUUCGAGAUGAGAACACUGCAGAAGAUGCGAGACAUGGUCGUCGCUCUCGGAUUUAGCAACGGCCAUCUUAAUAUACUAACAUACAGGCGCAACCUGUACAAGCUAUGCAACGAUGAGAUCGUUUUCCAACGCGCAUUGGAUUUGCAAUGCAAUAUGCUCGAAUUGUUGAGGCGCUACAACUUCUUGGAAAAUUUCGAUUGGAGGACAUUCUUCCGUUGGGUUUUUCUGGCAAACCCAACCAUAUGUCGCGGCCCGCUGCAAGACAUCACGCUGGUCAAGCAAUACGGCGAUCUGUUCUUCGUCGGUACCCUCUGGGGCAUCGUGCGCAUAUACUACAAGCCGUACGUGAAUGGCGAAUUGGACAUCUUCAGUACGCAGCCACUGAAGGAAUAUAAUUUCCUGAAAACCUUCUGCUUCUCUUACCCGGCCUGCCCCGUGCUGUCUAUCGACGUGGUUGAGGAACAUGGAUGCCACAGGCUCUAUAUCGCCAUGCCGAAGGGUAUCUGCGUCUUGAACUUCCACUACAAUCCACCAUUCCUGUACGGCCCUCUCCCAAUGGCUGAAAUCUAA